AUGGCUGAAAGGGCAGCAAGUAACAUGGUAUCAGAGGUUGUAAGCAAACUAGGUGAUAUCCUGAGUGAAUCGACAAUGGCGUUUGAGGAUGUAGGAAGGCUGGUUGAUCGGAUUGGAAAGGAGCUGAGGAGAAUGAAGGAAUUCACAGAAGAGCUUGAAGGGUCCAAUCCGGAACAGACGGAGGUGGAUUUGAUAGAUAAUAUAAGUGAUGUUGCUCUUGCUGCACAAGAGGCCAUAGAAAUCUUUGUCAACAAGCGGAAGAGGAGUAUGAGGAGUGGAUUUUUCUAUUUGCUUCUUGACAAAUACCGCCUUGGUAGAGAUCUGGCACGGAUCAGUGACACCAUGAGAGAAAUCUCUGCCAAAAUACUCAUCUACGACCGAAAAAACAUAGCUGUGAGUGUGACUGUUGAAGUUCCGGGUGGAGGAGGCAGCAAUAUAGUAGCCCCAGCAAUGGAGAAGCUUGAUCACAUUCUUACUCAAAAUUUAAUCAUCCUGCACGAGGAGACCAUCAUGGCAGUAGAACAUGUGAGAGAUAACGUCUUGCAAAAUCUUGUGUCUAUUUCAACACCAACAGGGGAGAGAGAAAAGGUGUGGUUGGAAGAGGUUAAGGACCUUUGUGACUAUACGGUAGCUGUUGCUGAAAAGUUCAUUGCCAAAAGACAAAGGAGGCUUUGGCAGGUCCGUUAUCUUUUUGAGCAAUAUGCUUCCGAGAAGGAAUUUAUGAAGCAGAUGGAGUAUAUCUGCACUCAGUUUGAAGAUGCACUUUACAGGAGGUGGACUUUUGGGAAAGACAAGGGACCCAAAAUGGGAUCAAGAUCACGACCUGUUGCAUUCACUAAAACUACAAGAUUCCUACUAGGGCCUAUCCUCGAGCCUCUAUUUUUGUGGAGGCAUUUGGACCAGAAUUUGAAGACAACCCGAAGAUAUUUAGCUAUCAUGUGUGCGUUAUUCAGCGAUAUUGAAAGCGCGGAAGGUCUCAUUCUGAAUGAAAGACAGAAAGUGUGGGUGGAACAAUUAAGAGCCGUGGCUCAAAAGGGUCACUAUCUUAUUGCUGCAUAUCCAAGGCUUGACAAAUUUUUUUUUGCCGAGGAAAUCAACUACUUGUUGAAUGAAAUUAUAGAUAUCUCAGACAGAAAGAACAUUUAUGGUAUUGCAAAUAUACAAGGAGAAAGAAAAGAGUCGGGCCCAAGCAGCAUCCAAGGGAGAGAGGGUGAAAUCAUUGAUCAAUUUGAUCCACUUCAUUUCUUUCCGUAUCCGCAUACCACAGAGCUCAAACGGGAAUUCCAAAUAAUCGCAGGCGAAAAGCAAUUGAUGGAUGCACUUUUUCGUGAUGUACAAGAAAUUGGGGACGAAAAUCUAGAUGCAAGAUCCAAAAUCUGGCUGGCGCAAAAGCAAGAUAUUGCCCGUGAAAUUAUAUCUCUCAUUCGUGAGUGUGCUAGUCUAUUGAGGUAUGAGCCAAUAAAUCUGUAUGCUCGCGAUAUGGUACUGUCCCAGGAUGCUAUUAUGGCGCAUGCGAUAGAGAGUAUAAAACAGAGGAGACAGAAAAUUAGAGGUGCCUCUGGAAGUCAAGUGGCAUAUGGUUUGGUUCAACGUCAGCCCCGAGCUGAGUCAUUGUCGACGUUUCAAAUAUUACGUCGAAGGACACAACCAUCUCUCAUCGUUAAAGAAUCUAGAGUGGUCGGGUUUAAAGAAGACGCAGAGGUUUUGAUGGGCCAGUUACUCUCACAAGAAGAAGGUCGCUGCAUUAUUUCAAUAGUUGGAAUUGAAGGCACAGGUAAGAAAACCCUAGCCAGGUUGAUAUUUGACGAUGAAGCUGUUGAAGAUCAUUUUUCUUGUCGAGUGUUCGUGUCAGUGUCUCCAAGUUGGACAGUUGAGAAGCUUCUUGAUGAAAUAGCCACACAGUCAGAGAUAAAUAUAAUGGGAGGCCAACAAGACACGCUCAGAAUAUUGGCCACUACAAAGUAUCUCAUAGUUCUUGAUGGCAUCCAAUUCCGAACAUCCCAUUUCUUGGAUACCUUGACAGAGGCCAUACCUGACAUGUCAACAGGAAGCAGAAUUCUUCUUACCACCCGCAAUGCAAGUAUUGUAGCGCCACAUGCAGCUGCAAGAUCUUUUGUUCACCAUCUACAGUUAUUAGACGAUGAAAAUAGUUGGAUUCUGUUCAAAAGAAGUUUGAUCGUGGACAUUCCCUUACCACCAAAACUGAUAGAGGUUGGGAAAAAAAUUGUGGCCAAAUGCGGGGGUCUGCCAUCGGAAAUAUUGAGAACGACUACUUUACUUUCACGCAGAGAUGUCACGGACGAGGGGUGGAAAGAACAGUUGAAACAACCGAAUCCAGUUGAAAACCCUUGGGCUGAAACACUUGGCACCAACUUACCUCUAUAUCUCAAGAGAUGCUUAUUUUAUCUUGAGCUAUUCCCUGCUAAUUUUGGGAUUCCCGUAAGAAGAUUGGUUGUUUUGUGGGUUGCAGAGGGUCUAGUGCAACAUGGGAAACACCAAGAGGCACCAGAGCAAGUGGCGGAAAGGUACUUGACAGAGUUGAUAGAUUUAAACAUGCUUCAAGUUGCCAAGAGAAAGCCCAAUGGAAAGGUCAAAACAUGCCGUCUUCCUAAUUCUUUGCGUGACUUGUUAGUGAUAAAAGCUAACGAGCUUAGAUUUCCUCAAGUCAGCACUAGCACGGAUCUGAAUCCAACAAAUUCCAGAAUACGUCAGGUGGCAGAUCGUUUUGACGAAAAAGAUAUCUGGCACAAGCAUAUUCAUGUUAGCAAUAGAAAUGAUUCAGCUUCUCUAAGAAACUACUAUAAAGACGUUCUCUCCUUCCUGUCUUUUGAUGCUCGAGAAGGAAGUAAACCUGGGCAAGAUAUAAGUAAGUUUCUGAACCUGUGUAUUUGGAGCAAUUGUCUUUUACUGCUUCGGGUGCUUGAUCUUGAAGGCGUUCACAAGCCUGAGUUGCCUGAAAACAUUUCAAAACUUACUCUGUUGAGGUAUCUUGGCCUAAGAUGGACCUAUUUACAGUCACUUCCAUCAUCUAUAGGCAAUUUGUUGAAGCUUCAGACUAUUGAUCUCAAACAUACCUACAUACAUACUCUAACCAGCUCCAUAUGGAAGAUGGAACUCAGACACCUGUUCUUGAGUGAGACUUAUCGCACCAGAUUUCCAUCAAAACCAAAAAGUGCAGGUGAUUCUCUAUCUGACCUCCAAACACUAUGGGGACUUUUUGUAGAUGAAGGGACUCCAGUGAAGGGUGAUCUAGACAAACUGGUCAAUAUCAAAAGAUUGGGAAUAGCAUGUCAAUCAAUGUCACUAGAUGAGAAUGCAAUGAAUUCACAGCUUGAUGCAGUAGCUGAUUGGAUUUUAAAACUAGAAAAACUUAAAUCGCUGAGGCUUAAAUCAAGAGAUGAGAAAGGUCAACCUUGGAAUUUACACUUGAACUCUCUGCAAAAUCACACUGACCUCACUGACUUGUAUUUGCUAGGACGCUUGAGCGGUCCAUCCAUUCUGUCCCGGUUUCCCCCAAACCUUAGUGAACUUACCUUAUCGCAUUCCAAACUAGAGGAUGAUCCCAUGCAAAUUCUGAAAGAUCUUGAAAAUCUUCGCUCGUUAUCCUUGCUUGCAGAAUCCUACUUGGGAGAAAGGUUGUUUUGCAAUUCUCAAAGCUUUCCUAAGCUUCAUGUCUUGAAAGUUUGGAAUCUAGAGCAAUUAGAGGAAUGGAAGAUAGAAAAAGAAGCUCUUCCAUCGCUCAUACAACUCGAAAUCCGAGCGUGCUCGCGCAUGACAAAGCUUCCGGAGGGACUACCACAUGUUAACACUCUCCUUGAGUUGAAAUUGACAAACAUGCCAAAACAAAUAGAUGUUGACCAGACUCUGCUCAAUUGUGAUGUCCAGAGAGAUAAUUGAUUGACUGCGAGUAGAAUCACUGUUGCAUUGUAGUUUUUAGCUCACACCUAAUUGUUUAGUCACGCAAAUUUGAAAAUGUUUGGCAGUGCCAGUGACCAACAUCUUGUGGUGAAGAAAGCUUUACGAGCGUUAGUGAUUCAAGGUAAGUUUGGUUCCUAAUUGAGGUAGUUGUUGUGAUUUGUACUAAUUAAAACAUGUUUUUCUUGCUUGCGUAAUAUCUGAAUCUUGUUAAUUUGAUGGGUAGGAGUUGUUCUGAAUUGUGUGAAACAAUAAUUUG